CUUGGCGACGUGACGUUACGUAACUCAGGUUUCUGUUAUGGCCGCCGGACGUCAUAUAACCAAAACAAGCUGCAAGAUGAAAGCGUGAUGUACAAUAUCCGAGUUGCUGCUGUUUUAGGGAUAAACAUGGCAGUGUUCCUGAAUAUUUUUCUUCCGUAAUGGGUUUGGUAAUUCUAUAACCGACAGCAGAGAAAACAGAAGGUUAAAUUUACCUCAGCAAGAGCAGAGCUAAUUAGCAUUAGCGUUAGCAUUAGCAUCAGUGGCUGAGACUCUCGGCUGUGUAACCGGGGAAGGAGGCGCUGUGGACGGCGAGAGAAGUGUGUUUAUAACCGCUGAAGAGACGGGGAACAGGAUUGGGAAGCAGCAGGGGGAAGCGGCGGCUGGUGCCGAGCCCGUGGAGAAGAUGGCAGGCAGCCCGGAGAAGAGCUGCUCCUCAGCUCAGGAGCUCAAAGAGCAUGGCAACCGCCUGUUCCUCUGCAGGAAGUACCAGGAGGCCGUCACCUGCUACAGCAAAGCUAUCAACCGGAACCCAUCAGUUGCGGUGUACUACACUAAUAGAGCGCUGUGCUAUGUCAAACUGCAGCAGUAUGAUAAGGCAUUGGCCGACUGUAAACACGCGCUGGAGCUCGACAGCCAGUCAGUGAAGGCACAUUUCUUCCUCGGGCAGUGUCAUCUGGAGUUGGAGAACUAUGAAGAGGCUAUCGGAAAUCUACAAAGAGCGUAUAACCUGGCUAAAGAGCAGCGUCUGAACUUUGGCGAUGACAUUCCCAGCGCCCUGCGUUACGCCAAGAAGAAGCGCUGGAACAGUAUGGAGGAAAAGCGCAUCAGCCAGGAGAACGAGCUGCACGCCUAUCUCACCAAACUCAUCCUGGCUGAGAGGGAGCGGGAACUUGAAGACUACAGAGAGAAGCAGGGUGAUGACAAUCUGAGCGACAAUGACAUCAGCAAAAUCAAAACCAAACAUGAUAAAUAUCUGAUUGACAUGGAUGAGCUCUUUUCCCAAGUGGACGAGAAGAGGAAGAAGCGAGAGAUCCCAGACUACCUGUGUGGAAAGAUCAGCUUUGAGCUAAUGAGGGAACCGUGCAUCACACCGAGCGGCAUCACAUACGACCGCAAAGACAUCGAGGAGCACCUACAGCGUGUCGGCCAUUUUGACCCGGUGACCCGAAGUCCCCUGACCCAGGAUCAGCUGAUCCCUAACCUGGCCAUGAAGGAGGUGAUCGAUGCCUUUAUCCAGGAGAACGGCUGGGUGGAGGACUACUGAAAACACGCGCACACGGAUGGGAGGGGUGUGAGGGUGGGUCAGAGCUGCUUCUGGAUGUAUGUGUGCACUUUAAACAGGGGAAUUUUGCUCUGACACGCCCCCUCCCCCAAUGCUGGACUCUCUCAGGUCUCCCUCUCUGUCUAUUUAUCUACGUCUUACUCUGUCCAUAUUAAUCUCCUGUGUUCUCUCUCUCUCUCUCUCUCUCUCUCUCUCUCUCUCUCAAUGCAUAUUUGUGCCACAGACCUGUUGUAGGUUUUCUCCCCCCCACCCCUCUCUCUCUCUCUGUCUCUCUCACACACACACAAACACACACACACACACACGUCCGUUGCACACUUUAACUGUGCCUCCUCUUGCUCCCUCGAGUGAGCAUGCUCAGUGCUGGACGAUGAGAAGACCAGUUAUUCUUCACAUGUAUGUAAAAUGGAGAUAAAACACACUGUAAUAUACAAUGUGUGUGUGUGUUUAUACACCUGUCCAUGUUCAGCAGUCUGGGGGUAUUUGAGGAGCUUCACAAUGCUUAAUAAGCGUAUAUUAAACAUGUAGGAUGUUAUUGCGAUUUUAAUUAAAAUGUUAUAGAUUGUAGUUAGCUGCAGUUGGAUCUGUGUGUAAGCCUCCUAAUGUUUGUUUUUAAACAAUAUACACACACAGACAGACGUGUUUCUUUCCAUCAAAGUUCAGUACGUUCUAAAAUCUAUGAUUAAAUCACAGCUAACUGAUCAGAGGAAAUGGGGCAGAGCUUGAGAAUCACAGCAGGAUGCAAUCAUGGCUAACGGCAGACAGGCUCUCAGUCGUGUGUGCGUGCGUGUGUGGCCGUUAGCUUUAAGUAGACAAGUUAAUAAAAAUUCAAUGUUGCAGUUCACAGCAAGUCUUCAAACAGGAAGUGGAAUGCCCGGGCGCAUGUUAAAUAAAUCUUAUUUUUUCUAAAAA